UAAUAGGUCUCAGCUCCUCUCUUCUUUUUCACAGAAUGGUACCAGCUUCUGUGCGCCUGGUUCAGGUGGCAUUUGAAGAGGUGGCUGUGUGUUUCAGUGAGGAGGAGUGGGGCUUUCUGGAUCCAUACCAAAGGGCCCUGCAUAGGGAAGUCAUGGAGGAGAAUUUGGAGAUGGUGGCCUCCUUGGGUGGUGAUAUGGAUGAGAAUGAAGAAGGAAGUGAAUGCCUUAGUCUUGCAUGUGGGAGAAGCUUCAGCUGUAAAACAAGCCUUCAUCUUCACUGUAGAACACACAUUAGUGAACAAUCUUACAAAGAUGGUGAGAGUAGCUACAGGAAAAUACUGUUUUCCCAUGAAACAUCUGAAAUAGCAGAGAAACCAUUUAAAUGUCAGAAAUGUGCCAAGAGUUUCAGGCAUAGGUCACAGUUUAUGUCACACCAAAGAUUGCACUCAGGGGAGAAGUUAUUAAUAGGUUUGGAGUGUAGAAAGAGCUCAAUGGAGAAGAAACACCAGAGUUGCCAUGAAGCAGGACAUGCAGCUAAGAAACCUUUGAAAUGCUUGGAAUGUGGAAAGAACUUCAGUCAUGAGAUAAGCCCCAUACAUCAUCAAGCAAGUCAUACAGGAGAGAAGCCAUUUAAAUGCUUGGAGUGUGGAAACAGCUUCAGUAGGACGGGAAAACUUAUUGAUCGCCAAGAAACUCACACAGGGGAGAAACCCUUUAAAUGCCUGGAGUGUGGAAGGAAAUUCAGUCAAAAGAGACACCUCUCCUGUCACCAAAAAUACCACACAGGGGAGAAACCCUUUAAAUGCCUGGAGUGUGGAAGGAAAUUCAGUCAAAAGAGACACCUCUCCUACCAACACCAGGAAGUGAAAGAAAAGCUAGAGGAGAUGUCUUUCUCCUUCGGGUCCACGACUAAGACCUUACCCUAUCCAGCAUUCAUCUAA